AUGUUGGGAAUAGCCCACGAAGGGGAGGACCUUUUUCACGGUUGCUUCACGGGAGUCGAAGAUAAUUCCGAUCUGGGUGAUGCAUCGAGUAUCUUCGAUGAGGCUCAAAGACUCCUGAGCCAGGCCUUAACGCUUCAUUGGGAAGCAUUUUCUAAAUCCCGGGUAGAGCUGAACCGGUGUGAGGCCGAUCUUAAAAGGAUUACGGAGGAGAGAGAUGCCCUCAAAAUUCUCAGUGGGCAAGUAGAAGAGGAGAUCAAGUACCUCCGAGCUAUACUAGCCACAGCUCACAAAGAGCAGACCAACCUGAUUAAGCAGAAGGCCGAAAAGAUUGAGCAACUCCGUGAGGAGGCCAACAUGAUGAAGGCGGAGACUUUGGGGUGGAAACAAUACAUGGACCGCCUUGCUUCGGAGAAGGAUACUGCUCGAGCCCAAUUGUCAUGGGCCGAACGCCAACUCCAAAGCAUGAAAGAGGAAAUCUUGGCCCGAGCGAAGAAAAUUAAGGAGCUCGAGGCUCGGUUGGAUGCCGAUCUUGCAAAGGCCACAUCUGAGGUAGAAAGAGUAAAGGCUGAACCGGAGGCGAUCUUUGUCGUCUACCGAGCUGAUGCUAAAGCUGCUCAAGCUCGAGCAAGAGAUGUGUCUCGAAGAGAGACUCUUGAGGAGAUCCAUGCUUGUGGCUUCAAUCUUGCUGUCGAUAUCGAGAACGCGAAAGUACACGAGGUCGAAGCUAAAGCGUUGCUUUCUUCUUCUGAUGAUGACUCCGAGAGCGCGAGUGGAGGGGAUUCUGGUGAUGAAGACGCAGCUCCCAAAGAAAAUUAA